UGAAGACUCGAGCUUCUUCUGAGAGUUGAACGUGAAGACCUCAUUCUCAGCAACCUCUCUCCAUCUUGUCCACUUUCUUUUAGGGUUUCCGAAGCUUCUCGAGUGCUUCGUUCAUGGCUUCGUAAUGCAGGAUUAGGUGGCCAAUGCCAUCUCUUGAUCCGACUGUUCGCAUCUGCAGCUCAUACUUCCUACUGCCAAGUUAAACUGAUCUUUCGAGUCCUGUUGAUUCACCUAUUUAAGCUUAUAAGGUUUUCCUAAUAUUUGCCUAAUUGGAGCAAAUACAUUGCGCCUUUUACUGGAUUCCGGCUAUGUAUAGAAAUUUUACUCGGUUUUUGAAUCGACGACCUUGGAUUUUAGUGGAUAAUUUGCAGACUAGACGAUAAUGGAUCCUGAAGUUGGGAGGGUUGGGGGAUCCAUGAAAGGGAUGCCAUUGGGAGAACAAUCCGUGUCCCAUUUAUCGAGUCGGAAUCUAGUGAAAGGAUCCAGGUAUGGUAGCACCUUCGCAAAUGGCAAUGGAGGAGUCGAAUACCUUGGGAAUGAUCCGUCUCUGAGCAAUGCAAUUGCAGCUUCGAGUUCGGUUGUCACUUCGGAGGAAGAUUCUCACGAGGACUGCGAUUUCUCUGAUGCGGUUUUGAGCUAUAUAAAUCAGAUGCUUAUGGAAGAAGAUAUGGAAGACAAAACUUGCAUGCUUCAAGAAUCUCUGGAUCUUCAAGCCGCAGAGAAGUCAUUCUAUGAGGUUCUUGGCAAGAAGUACCCGCCUUCUCCUGAUCAAAACUCAACUUCUGUCCACCAAAACAGCGAUCAUGACGAGUAUUGCACCAGAAGUAAUAGUGAUUACUUGCUCAAUCCGAGCUAUUCAGCUGCGAAAAAUCUUGCUCUAUAUACUCCUUACUUGUCAGUUAGCUCAUCAAAUAAUGGCAGCAAUGUUAUUGAUGGGUUCUUGGAGGCUCCCAGCCCCUUUCAUGUUGCUGAUUUUCAGAGCGAAAGCCAAUCUAUUUGGCAGUUCAGGAAGGGGGUUGAAGAAGCACAAAAGUUUCUGCCAAGCAGUGAAGGGCUGUUGAUUAAUUUUGAGAGAAAUGGGCUGUCUCCUCAGGAACGAAAGAUAGAAACUGGUGAUGUGUCUGUUAAGGUGGAGAAGAAAGAAGAGGGAGAGCACUUGCCUAGGGGGAGGAAGAAUCCGCACAUGGAGGUUAUAGAUUUAGAAGAAGAAGACGAGAGAAGCAGCAAGCAACCGGCUGUUUAUCCAGAAAUCACUCUGCGGUCAGAGAUGUUUGAUACAGUCUUGCUGCAUAGCAUGGGGGAAGGUAAGGCUGCCUUGGCAGCUUAUCGCAAAGUUUUGAAGAAUGGAACGAGCAAAAAUAUGAAGCAUGAUGGGCAAUCGAGAGGGCCUAAUAGUGGAAAGGGCCAGGGAAAGAAACAGAAUAGCAAAAAGGAAGUAGUAGACUUGAGAACUCUCUUGAUUCAUUGUGCACAAGCUGUUGCUGCUGCUGAUCCCAGGAAUGCAUACGAGUUGCUGAAACAAAUCAGGCUGCAUUCUUCUCCUUUUGGAGAUGGAAAUCAAAGGCUGGCUCAUUACUUUGCCAAUGGUCUUGAGGCACGCUUGGCUGGCACUGGUAGCCAGAUUUAUAAAGCCUUCGUCAAUAGAAGAAGAUCUGCUUCUGAUUACCUGAAAGCUUACCAUCUGUAUCUUGCAUCAUGUCCAUUCAGGAAAAUUUCAAAUUUUGUUUCAAACAAGACAAUUAUGAUAAAGGCAAAGGACGCAUUGAGGAUCCACAUUGUAGAUUUCGGUAUACUAUAUGGUUUCCAGUGGCCCACCUUUUUUCAACGUAUCUCAGCAAGAGUGGGAGGACCUCCGAAGAUUCGGAUUACUGGGAUAGGAUUUCCCCAACCUGGUUUCCGUCCGGCAGCAGGAGUUGAGGAGACAGGAUAUCGUUUGACCGAUUAUGCCAAGUAUUUUAAUGUCCCAUUUGAGUACAAUGCCAUAGCAAAGAAAUGGGAUAGCAUCAAGAUUGAGGAUCUGAAGAUCAAGAAGGAUGAGUUUGUUGUAGUUAGUUGUUUGUACGCGGCCAAGAAUUUACACGAUGAGACCGUGCUGGUGAACAGUCCUAGAAUUAUGGUUCUUAAUCUAAUUCGAAGGAUCAAUCCUGAUAUUUUCAUCCAUGGGAUUGUUAAUGGGGCUUUUGGUGCCCCUUUCUUUGUCACCCGGUUCCGGGAGGUUCUGUUCCAUUUCUCAGCACUGUUUGAUAUGCUUGAAACAAAUGUACCUCGAGAGCACCAUGAGAGGAUGCUCAUUGAGAGGGAGAUCUUUGGGAAGGAAGCUCUGAAUGUUAUAGCUUGUGAGGGCUGGGAGAGAGUUGAGAGGCCAGAGACAUAUAAGCAAUGGCAAGUCCGUAGCCUGAGGGCAGGUUUCAUGCAGCUCCCUUUUGAACGGGAGAUCAUGAGAGGGGCAACAGAAAAGGUAAGGUCUAGCUACCACAAGGAUUUUCUGAUCGAUGAAGACAGCCAGUGGCUGCUGCAGGGAUGGAAAGGGCGAAUCAUUUAUGCACUCUCUUGUUGGAAACCUAUUUAGUGAACUUACAGACAUGAGUGCCUAGAGCAUGCACGACUGACUAACCAGAAAAACAUUUACAGGAUCUUCUAAUUGUCAGUUGAGUUAAUACAAGAAGUCGUUCACUCAUUAUACUGAUGGAGCUGAUUCCAUUAGACUCAUCCCUUGUUAAUAUAAAGUAAUAUUAAGUGUACAUAUAUGAGUAUAAAUUACUGUACAUAUACCAGUUC